CCCAUCGGCCCGGCUGCCCUGAUCCCCGCCCAGCCCGGGAUGAGAAACUGCAAAAUGGCCCGGGUGGCCAGUGUGCUGGGGCUGGUCAUGCUCAGCGUGGCCCUGCUGAUCCUGUCGCUCAUCAGCUACGUGUCCCUGAAAAAGGAGAACAUCUUCACCACUCCCAAGUACGCCAGCCCGGGGGCGCCGCGCAUGUACAUGUUCCACGCGGGAUUCCGGUCGCAGUUUGCGCUGAAGUUCCUAGACCCGUCGUUUGUGCCCAUUACGAAUUCUCUCACCCAGGAACUCCACGAGAAACCUUCUAAGUGGACUUUUAAUCGGACAGCGUUUUUACAUCAAAGGCAAGAAAUUCUUCAGCAUGUCGAUGUAAUAAAAAAUUUUUCUUUGACCAAGAAUAGUGUUCGGAUUGGACAACUGAUGCACUAUGAUUAUUCCAGCCAUAAAUAUGUUUUCUCUAUUAGCAAUAACUUCCGCUCACUGCUUCCAGAUGUGUCACCCAUUGUGAAUAAGCAUUUUAAUAUCUGUGCUGUGGUUGGAAAUAGUGGUAUCCUGACAGGGAGCCAGUGUGGACAAGAAAUAGAUCAAUCAGAUUUUGUUUUCCGUUGCAAUUUCGCCCCUACGGAGGCUUUCCAAAGAGAUGUUGGAAAGAAAACCAACCUUACCACCUUCAACCCCAGCAUCCUGGAGAAAUAUUACAACAAUCUCUUGACCAUUCAGGACCGUAACAACUUUUUCCUCAGUUUAAAAAAGCUUGAUGGGGCCAUUCUUUGGAUCCCUGCAUUUUUCUUCCACACUUCAGCAACUGUGACCAGAACAUUAGUUGACUUUUUUGUUGAACACAGAGGUCAGUUAAAGGUCCAGUUGGCUUGGCCUGGAAAUAUAAUGCAGCAUGUCAACAGGUACUGGAAAAACAAGCAUUUGUCGCCCAAACGGCUGAGCACAGGUAUUCUAAUGUACACCCUUGCGUCAGCAAUAUGUGAAGAGAUCCACUUGUAUGGAUUUUGGCCUUUUGGAUUUGACCCCAACACAAGGGAAGAUCUUCCAUACCAUUACUAUGACAAAAAAGGAACCAAAUUUACCACCAAAUGGCAGGAGUCCCACCAGCUGCCUGCUGAGUUUCAGCUGCUGUACCGAAUGCAUGGGGAAGGGCUCACCAAGCUGACUCUGUCACACUGUGCCUAA